CGUACGUUUGGUGCAGUCGAAGCUUGCACAAUGUUGGGAUAGCUAGCUACUGUAGCUAGCUAAAUUAAAGUUAUUUCAUUCAUUGAACAUAACGUAUUUGAUUUUAGUUCCCUAAACUCGGUCGGUGCAAGUUAUUAUUGCAAACAUAAGGUGCUUGUUCACCGUUUACAUGAUGCUUUUCCCGGCCUAAGAUUUGUGGUUGUAAUGUGAUUGUCACUCACGAAUUGUUUUGUUGUAGAUAGCUACUGUACUUUGCUAGCUAAUAACUAAGUUUAACUAUCUCGCAUUGUAGGAUAGAUAACCGAUUUAUGGCGUUGUGGAUGGUUUUGAUAACAGUCGCAUGAUAGUGAGCUAGCUAGCUGUACAAGUCGAUAAUAAAAACCGUAUUGAUAGCAACUAAUGCUGACCAUGUUUUGAUCCAUUGUAGCCAAGUUGUACUCGUCCCAUUGAAGCCUGAGCCGAGAUGUAUCGUCCCAAACCGACACUUCAGGACCGCCAGCACCUUAACCGGCUGAUCAUCAGCCAGCUGUUGUAUGAUGGUCACACCAACAUGGCUAACAACCUGAUCACAGAGGUCAAGCCGCAAAGCGUCUUGUCGCCCUCAGAAAACCUCAUGCAGCUGGCCAAGAUAGGCAUGGAGAAUGACGACAGUGUGGUGCAGUAUGCCAUCGGGCGGUCUGACAUGGAGGCUCCGGGCGUUGGCAUCGACCUGGAGUUUGACGCUGACGUCCAGAGCAUGUCCCCCGAGGCGUCUGAGUACGAGACUUGCUACGUGACGUCCCAUAAAGGUCCCUGUCGCGUCGCCACAUACAGCCGGGACGGGCAGCUCAUCGCUACGGGCUCGGCAGACGCCUCCAUCAAAGUCCUGGACACAGAACGCAUGCUGGCCAAGAGGCCCAUAGAGGUGAUGAUGAAUGAGACGGCCCAGCAGAACAUGGAGAACCACCCUGUGAUCAGAACACUGUACGACCACGUGGACGAGGUCACGUGUCUGGCGUUCCACCCCACGGAACAGAUCCUGGCAUCAGGGUCACGUGACUACACCCUCAAACUGUUCGACUACUCCAAGCCCUCUGCCAAGAGGGCCUUCAAACACGCACAGGAAGCCGAGAUGCUGCGGUCCAUCUCUUUCCACCCGUCAGGCGACUUCCUGUUGGUGGGAACGCAGCACCCGACCCUCCGCCUCUACGACGUCAACACCUUCCAAUGCUUCGUCUCCUGCGGCAGCUACGUGACGUGCAGUAAGGACGGAGACGGCGUGUCUAACCGCUGUGUGAUGACGUUUGAUAAGGCUCAUGACGGGGCGGAGGUCUGCUCCGCUGUCUUCUCUAAGAACUCCAAGUACGUCCUCUCCACUGGGAAAGACUCGGUCGCCAAACUCUGGGAGAUCUCCACCGGACGCACCUUGGUCAAAUACACAGGUGCUGGUCUGAGUGGUCGUCAGGAACAUCGUACCCAGGGUGUCUUCAACCACACAGAGGACUAUGUUCUGUUGCCUGAUGAGAGGACCGUCUCUCUCUGCUGCUGGGACUCUCGGUCUGCAGAGAGGAAGAACCUUCUGUCCCUGGGUCACAACAACAUUGUCCGCUGUAUCGUCCACUCCCCCACCAACCCAGGGUUCAUGACCUGUAGUGAUGUCUUCAGGGCUCGCUUCUGGUACAGACGUUCUACCACCGACUGAGACCCCUUUGUUCUACCACCGACUGAGACCCCUCUGGUGUCUUGAUGCACCAUUAAUUACUGAGUGACAUGGGGCCAGUUUCCCAGACACAGAUGAAGUCCUAGUCCAGGACUAAAAAUCAGUCUCAAUUGAGAUUGUCCAUUUAAAAUAUUGUCCCAGAUGAGGUUUAUUAAUCUGUGUCUGGGUAACUGGCCCUUAGAGCCCAAACUCACCAUGACCAUCUCUUCUGAGCCGAGGGGUGUUAAGCAGCCAACCAUAGCUUCUAACCUGCAGAACCCUGUUUCAUAUGAGAUGAUGUCCUGUCUGCAGUUGAGACAAAUCUGUAGUUUCCCUCAUUAAAAUGCAAAUCAAUUUAUAACAUUUUUGACAUGCGUUUUUCUGGAUUUUUGUUGUUGU